GACACAGUAAAAAUCACUGCAGUGAUUACCGUAGUACAGGAUGGAGAAGAUCGUUUUCGUAUUAUUUGGCCUUUUGGCUUUAACACAAGGAACUCCAACGGGCAGAGUAGUAAAUGGUGAAGAUGCUGAACUUGGCGAACGUCCAUUCCAGGUGUCUCUACAAACCUAUGCACACUUUUGUGGAGGAUCUAUUGUGAGUGAAAAUUGGGUCGUUACAGCUGCUCACUGUGUCUACGGUACAUCUGCGUCCGGAGUAAAUGUAGUUGUCGGAACAGUUAGCCUUAAAAACCCCCACAAGUCUCACCCAGCUGAAAAAAUCAUUGUUCAUGAAGCUUACGCACCAGCUCAGUCCAACAGAAACGAUAUUGCUCUGAUCAAGGUCUUUACACCUUUCGAGUUCUCCGACAUCGUGGCACCAGUGCCCCUCGCUGAUCCUAAUGUAAAAGUUAAGACCAACAGCACAGCUGUACUCUCUGGAUGGGGUGGAACUUGGAACUCAUCCUCCCCAACUCCGGACAGACUUCAGAAAGCUUCGAUCUACGUAGCUGAUCAAGAGUACUGCCGUACCGUUAUGGCAUCAUAUGGCCGAGAAAUUUUCCCAACCAACAUUUGCGCCAAUGACCCUAGCACCCGUAGAGGACAGUGUAACGGUGACUCUGGUGGCCCCCUCACCGUUGAUGGAAAGCUUACUGGCAUCGUUUCCUGGUCCAUCAAAGACCCUUACUGCGCUAGCACUAAGUACCCUGGUGUCUACACCCGUGUUUCUGCAUAUGUAGACUGGAUUGCAGAGCAUACUAGAUAAGUGCAAACUGGCAUUAAUAUGUAUAGAAAUUACAAUCAUCUUUGACAAGCAUAAAUGUCAUUUUUUUAUGUGCAAAUGUUUGUAAAUAAAUGUGUACAUUUUUUAAUAAAUUAUGUAUAUUUAAUUCGUUAUAACAUUUGUAUUAUUUAUAAUGAUACUAUGAUAGAUUUUUAUCCGUUAUACAAAUAUUAUAUUUACACUUAUUAGUAGCAUAAACAAAUGAUUCCAUGAUCCGUCAUAUCAUGGGGAGGCACGAAGUGCUGCCUUUAGGCUGGCCCGUUGUUCCAUACAAGGGCCAAGCCCAGGAACGUGCAAGAUGUGACAUAGAAAUGAAAGAACAAAACAAGGGUUGAAAACUGUUAUUUUUUUUAUUCAGAUAAAAGGAGAUAGAUAGCUAUACGGCAGUCAGAGUCUCUUUUAAUGCGGUGCGGGCGGUCUCUCGCGUACACACUUGACUAUUAGCGCUGUCUGUUAACAAGGCCAAGAAAUAACUAAAACUACGCAUUCGAUAAACGGCUUAAAUAAGUAGGCUCUAGGCUUAGUUCAAGUGCGCUUAUCGUAGCUUUUACUCUUUAUAGUAUCUAGACGUUACAUUUUUUCCUCGUUGAGACUUGACUUGUUAACGUAGAAUAAGACGUGAAUAAUAUUUUGGUUGUCAUAAUAUAUUUUAUUAUUUACACUAUUUUUCAAACAGUAACAUGAUAUAUCUUUUGUAUAAAAGUAUAAGUCAUUGAGUUUUUUAUUUACUUGACAUUUACCAUAUACUAUGACGUAGAGAAAGUAAUAAGCGGUAAAUGUUACGACUUAAAAGUACAAGCAUUCUCCCGAGUUUCUCAUUAUUUUCAAUUGCAGAACUGUUACGAAAUGAGCUGGUAGAUAGUCCGUUCAUCAUAAUGAUAUCAGGAUACAAAAAACCAAAUUAUUCUAUUACUUAUACUACUUAAUAUUAUACUAAUUUGAAAUAAUUCAAGUAUCAAGUGGAUUCUUUGAAGAACUUGAAACGAUUGUAUUAACUCCUCACGAGCAAGUGUUGGGCCAAGAAUCGUCAGAAGUUACUGACAGGAUUAUAAACGGCAAAGAUGCCAAGAUUGGGGAGAGACCAUAUCAAGUAUCGUUACAAAAUCCUCGUCAUUUUUGCGGUGGAUCAAUCAUAAAUCAUAGAUACAUAGUCACCGCUGCCCAUUGUACUGUUGGACUAUCAGUAUCCGGUUUACAAAUCGUAGUUGGCACUGUCAAUCUCAAACUACCAUACGAGAUAUAUAAAGCAUCUAAAAUAAUAGUUAAUAGACAGUAUUCUAGCAAAGAUUCGUUCAAAAAUGAUAUUGCUUUGAUUAAGGUUUCUAGGCGUAUUAGAUUCUCUAACAGAGUGAAGGCAGUGCGUGUUCCAGAGCUCCAUUUACGACUCCGGCCACAUACUCCUGUUAUCGUUUCUGGUUGGGGAAGACUUCUUAAUGGUACAGUAGCUAAUAUACUUCAAGAAGUAUUAUUAGAAGUAACUGAUCAAGGCAAGUGUCGUAGAGCUGUGGCGAAAAAAGGAUUCAAUCUUUACUACACACAAAUGUGUGCUGAUGAUAACGAUAAUAGUAUUAUGUCCGGGGAUUGUAAUGGUGAUUCUGGAGGCCCUUUAACAACGACUUCUGGUAUUCUCGUAGGUAUAGUAUCUUGGUCCAUCAAAGAUCCAAGUUGUGGCAGUAAUGUUUACCCGAAUAUUUAUACAAGAGUUUCUGAGUAUAUAGAUUGGAUACGAGAACAUAUGCAAUAAAUAAACAAUUAUAAAUUUGUUCAUGAUUAAAUGAUAACUUCAUAAUAAAAAAUUAACCGUCGUUAACAAAGAA